AUGUGGCUCGCUCCCACUUGUACCGUCGGAAUCGCCAAAAAGGAGAUCAUCUGGUACCCGCUGUUCGGGCAGCUCUACGUGCUGGCUAACCACCUGCGCAUCGACCGCUCCAACCCUGCCGCUGCAAUCCACUCCAUGAAACAGGUCGCCCGUGCAGUGGUCAAGAACAACCUGUCCCUCAUCUUGUUCCCGGAGGGCACACGAUCCAAGAACGGCAGGCUGCUGCCCUUCAAGAAGGGGUUCGUGCACGCCGCCCUGCAGACGGGGCUGCCCGUCGUCCCCAUCGUGGUGACCGGCACGCACCUGGCCUGGAGGAACAACAGCCUGCGGGUGCGGCCGGUGCCGCUCACCGUCAAGGUCCUGCCGCCGAUCGGGACCGCCGGCUGGGAAGAGGCGCGGGUCGACGAGCACGUGGAGGUGGUCGCUGUACGCCUGCAACCUCCCCGACGCGCAGAAGCCGCUGGAUGCUCUGGCCGCCCGGAAGAGCGACUGAUUUGUCACCGCCCUGAUGAGGAUUCUUGCAAGCAGUGUUGA